GAGUAUAUCGAUGCUUCGUCUCGAUACUUUUGGUGCUGCUAACAUUCAGUGGCAGCGCAGCUCAAGUCAUUUAGUUAUUUUUCUGUCUGAAUUUAAGAAUUUUGUUUUUGUUGUCCGGAUAAAACUAGUACGCUUAAACAAAACAAAAAUACUGGAUAAGUAACACAAUAUCUUGAAGAAAACGGCCCAGCAACGUACGUGGUAAACGAUUCAAUUAAACGUGGGCCCAGCAGUGCCAACUGCUUCUUGUGCAGUGCAAGUGUGCGUGUGUGUGUGUGAGUGAGUGCGUGUGCGUGUAUGGGUGAGCUAAACGCAAAAAGUGUAAAACGGAAGAAAUAAUUAAACAAUUUAGCUAAACUAGAACGGCAAACCUCAACUGUGUACCAAAUAUAUGAAAUCUGUAGUUCAAAGUGAAAAAAAUAAGAGUUAUCUAGGGGAGCGAGAGAGAUCAGAAUUCUUCGGUGUUUUUGGUGGAAAAUAUUAUGGAAAAAGGAUGUCCAGCUGCUAGCAGUCAUAGUUGUGAUACCGCAGAGGACGCUCAGCACGAGCGGAAGCGGAAGCUUAGCAAACUUAAGCCGGAGACAUCUCGCCAACAACCCCAAAAACAACAGCAACAACAACAAGCACCAUCACAGCCAAAGCCAAGCACUAGCCAGGCAGAAGAAGGAGGAGAAGGAGAGGUGGAGGGAGAAGUCAGAGCCGGAUCGGAAAGGGAAAACAAAUCUAUGUCCAAGCUGAGGGAAGUUGAUGUGGAGGACAGUGUCUCGUCUCACUCGCAACAUGGCUACGCCGUAGUUCUCGACGAUGAUGAGUCCAGCAGCGAGACGGGCGUGCUAGAGAUGGAGACAUUCGAGAUUAGCUCUUCCAACUCACUGCCGACGAGUACGGCGGAUGCGGCUGCCUCGGUUGCCUCGACGACUACAGAUGAUCCAGCUGCUGCUGCUGCCACAGCGGCUGUUGUUGCUGCCACAGCGGCAGCUGCUGCUGCUUCUAAUGUUGUUGUUGUCGUCCCCGUUGACGAUAGCUCCUCCACAGACACGCUCAAUGGGAAUGAGGGCAAUGGCAACGGCAACGGAAGCGGGAGCAUGAAUCGACAUUCCGCAUCCGAGGAUCACAGCGUUAGCGCUAGCUCGAUAAAGAACGUUUUCUUUAACGACAACGAGCCGCCCGUUGUGUGCCUUUUAAAUGAUGAUGACGAUUUCGAUGAGGACGAAAUCGUCGAAGAUGAUGAUGAUGAUGCCGAGGGCGAUGUCGAUGAUGUCGAUGACGAUGAUGAUGCUGAAGGGGAUGCGGAUGCGGAUGAUGAUGAUGUUGUGGAACAGUCAAUGCCCAUCGAUUGCGCCAACACUUCACAAAUGGAUGGCAGCAAUGGCGAUGGAAAUGGCAUCAUCACCACGGCCGACGGCUCGAAAAUCUUCCUAGAGACGCCCGUCGUCGACGAGCCGCAAUCACAUACUCAUCAUACCCAUCAUCAUCAUCAUGUUGCCGCAGCUGCAAAGCAUCACCACGCUCCACAAUCCGAACUGCUGGCGACGGGCAAACCGAAGCGUCUUAGCGAUGAGUUCGAUGUUGCGGAUACGUGUGCGGAUGAUGAGCAGGAACAGCAGCAGCAGGAGCAGGUGGCCACAGCGUCAACCACGACAACAACAACAAGAGGAGUUAAGUCUGAAACUGGAUGCGGACUGGCAGAUGUAGCAUCCACAUCGCUGCACGACAGACAAAUGUCUGUGCGGCUGAAGCAAAUGAGCCUCAACAAUGCCAACAACAACAACAACAAUAAUAGUAAUGCAACUGCUGCAGCAGCAACGGCUGAGUCAGCAACGUCCAACGCUAGCUCAAGUUGCUGCCCAUCGAGGGCGGACAUUGAGUCAAUGGAUCGGAUAGAGCGUUCCGACUUUGAGAGGGAGCAACGGCUCACUGGCGGCAUUGUGAUUGGCACCACACGUCUCGUCAUGAAGAAUCGCCUCAAUCUAAGUCUGAUUAAUGCCGCCGCAGCUGCUGAGGGAGCAGGAACAGCUGCUGCCGCUGCCGCUGCUGGGAGCAGCAACGAUGAUUGGCCCAGCAGCAGCAGCAAUGGACGCGCCUUCUCCUCGGACAGCAAGUGCGCCUACAAAGAUCUGUCAACGACUCCGACAAGCAGCCGCAAGUACACCAACAACCGACUGAGCAAGUCCACUGCCAAACUCAAUUUGAGCUCCACCUUGAGCAGCUGUCCACAGCACAAUGCCAAGCUCAAGUCGUCAUCGUCAUCAUCGGUGAUUGUGGAGCCCAACAAAAGCAGCAGCAGCAGCAGUAGUAAUGCAUCAACAUCCACAUCUACUUCAGGCAACAAUCGCACAGACGUCUGCACGAAUACAAACUCGAAUGAUCACAUUAUUGUGCUCGGUGGCGGCAGUUCUACGUCCACGUCGACGACCGAGAAUAAAGACACCACAACAAUGUCAACUGCUGCUGUUGCCGCUGUUCCGGUUUCGGCAGCCACAUCAUUCAGCUCGGUUGCUUCGCAGACCAGCCAGGAUGGUGGGUGCAGUCGAACGAGCGUUGUGCACACAGCAUUUGGCACUGGCGGCGGCGGCAGUUCCUCCUCCUCCUCCUCAGCAUCCUCAGCUGGCGCCGUCGAUGUCGAUGCACAGCCCUCGACAUCGGGCACAUCAUCCGCAUCAUCGUUUGCACGUUGCCAUUAUGCGCCCGUGUCAAAGCCAUCGGCUCCACGGCAGGUGAAUGCCAGCGCCCAAACCAUGAGCAUAUUUCUGGGACGAAACAACGGCGCAGCAGCAGCAUCCGCCGCUGGCAAUGCAAAUAAUGCGGGCAACUUUCGUUCGCGCCGCCGAGUGGAAGCGACACGCAACAGUGCCAACGAUGUCAUAGUGCUGGAAGUGGUUGUCGAGGAGAAUGGAGCGAAUAAUGGCAACGAUAAUAACGCGGGUCACGGUGCCGAGCCGGGAGAUUUCAGUGCCGACGAGCCGUGGGGCAAUUGUGAUGAGGAGAACAACUGCUCCGAUCUGGAGGAGGUGUGCACGUGUCAGAAUAGCCUCGUGGCUGGCAGUCGUAGUGGCAGCAAUGCCAGUCUCAGCGAUAUGCACGACAUGGAUGCCAUCGAUGCCAUCGGGGGCUAUCAUCAGCACCUUCAGCAUCAGCAGGCCACCUCAAAUGGCGAAGGCGACAAUACGCUGUCCAUUAUAUCCUCAGCGUCAUCGUCGGCAGCAUCGACAAUCUACAAUACCCAACAGCAACAGCAGCAGCAACGAAAGCGCAAGUACAAUGAGGGACGGCUGCUGGAUGGUGAGCAUAACCUGAGUGUUACUGGCAGCGGCGGCGCAGGAGGCGUCGGAGCUGCUGGACAUGCGGACAGUGCUGGGGACAAUAGUCGCAAGCGCAUUGCCUACGAUUUUGCCUCGACGCCACGCUCCUCGUCCUCUACCUCCACCUCGGGCCUCAUCUCGUUGACCCCCACAGCCGGUGGUCUGGGCUUGGGUUUGGGAUUGUCUGGCGUCGGUAGUUCACCGGCGGGAGUGGGACGACGCACGCCGCGUGCAUUAAUGCCGACACGCGAUAAUCCGCCGCCGGAGUUGCAGCAUUGGUUGGCGCAAUUUCAGCGUUGGUCGCAUGCCGAACGUCUGCUGGCCGUGGAUCGACUGAUCGAUAACUGUGAUCCAUCGCAAGUCCGUCACAUGAUGAAGGUAAUCGAGCCGCAAUUCCAGCGGGAUUUCAUCUCGCUGCUGCCCCGCGAACUUGCGCUCUUUGUGCUCUCGUAUCUGGACCCCAAGGAUUUGUUGCGUGCGGCGCAAACGUGUCGCAGCUGGCGUUUCCUCUGCGACGACAAUCUGCUGUGGAAGGAAAAGUGCCGCAAGGCGCAAAUACUCACCGAGUCGAGCAGCGAUCGGCCCAAGCGGGGACGCGAUGGCAACAUGCCGCCAAUUGCGUCGCCGUGGAAGGCGGCCUACAUGCGACAGCAUAUCAUCGAGAUGAAUUGGCGAUCGCGUCCAGUGCGUAAACCGAAGGUGCUCAAGGGUCACGAUGAUCAUGUCAUCACAUGCCUGCAGUUCUCGGGCAAUCGCAUUGUAUCUGGCUCCGACGACAAUACGCUCAAAGUGUGGUCCGCUGUCAAUGGCAAGUGCCUGCGCACAUUGGUGGGACACACGGGGGGCGUGUGGUCGUCACAGAUGUCGGGCAACAUCAUAAUUUCGGGCAGCACGGAUCGCACACUCAAGGUGUGGGACAUGGACAGCGGCAGUUGCGUACACACGCUACAGGGACACACCUCAACUGUGCGCUGCAUGCAUCUUCAUGGCAACAAGGUGGUGAGCGGUUCGCGGGAUGCAACACUGCGUGUUUGGGACAUUGAGUUGGGCACGUGUUUGCAUGUGCUUGUCGGUCAUCUGGCUGCUGUGCGUUGUGUGCAAUACGACGGCAAACUGAUUGUGUCGGGCGCCUACGAUUACAUGGUCAAAAUCUGGCAUCCGGAGCGACAGGAAUGCUUGCACACGCUGCAGGGACACACCAAUCGCGUCUACUCACUGCAGUUUGAUGGCGUUCAUGUCGUCUCUGGCUCGCUGGACACCUCGAUACGUGUGUGGGACGUGGAGACGGGCAACUGCAAGCACACGUUGAUGGGCCAUCAGAGUCUCACCUCGGGAAUGGAGCUGCGUCAGAAUAUUCUCGUCUCGGGCAAUGCUGAUUCGACCGUUAAAGUGUGGGACAUCACAACGGGGCAGUGUCUGCAAACGCUAUCGGGUCCAAACAAGCAUCAAUCCGCUGUCACUUGCCUGCAAUUCAAUACACGCUUUGUGGUGACCAGCUCAGAUGACGGCACCGUCAAGUUGUGGGACGUCAAGACUGGCGAAUUCAUACGCAAUCUGGUGGCGCUCGAUUCGGGUGGCUCCGGCGGCGUUGUGUGGCGGAUAAGAGCAAAUGAUACAAAGCUGAUUUGUGCGGUGGGAUCGCGCAAUGGCACCGAGGAAACAAAGUUGAUGGUUUUGGACUUUGAUGUGGAGGGUGCUUGUGUGAAGUGCUCAUAGGAUCUGUGCGAAGAUCUGUUCCAUUUCAAGUUGCGAUUCGUUAGCAGCAAAGAAAGGCGCACUCUACUCUAUGUUAUGAUACACGCAAAAGCCAGGGCCACCAAUCGCUUGAGCUCCACGUAAAGCUCCCGUCGGAGGCGAGAUAUUCAUUGCAAACACAAACACACACCACACACAUAUAUUCAUCGAAAUGCCAACACAUAAGAACAUACACACAUACACGAAGAUGACCCGUCUAUCUAUUAUCGAUAAUCGGAUUGUUAUCGUUGCUUGCCUUGCCAACAAAUGCAGCUGCACACACAACACAACACAAACACACCACACAACACACACAUACACAUACACGGGGAGUUGGGUUGUGAGUGCGCGCGUGUAAUGUUUUCAAUGUUAUAAUUUGUUUCAAAUGCGUUGCUUUAUAGCCUAAAUUUGUUUCCACAAUAGCAUAAUUUUUGCUUCUUAGUUCUUAUUGAUAACACAAAAACACAAUUAUACAUAAUACAUACGUACAUAUAUGCAUGCAAAUUAGCAUUGAAAGUCGAAGUAAGCGGUACAACAUACUAUAUGCACAUAAAUACAUACAUACGUAUUAUGCAUAUAUACAUAUAAGAAGUAUAUAUACACAUACACUUAUACAAUUUUUGUUCCGUGUCGCGAUGAACGCGUAACUUUAUGAAGAAACAAAAAACAAAACAACAGCUUUAUAUUGAUUAAA